UGGGACAAGUGGCCCAACAUCAACGUUCCCGCGGGAAGAAUUAAGGAGGAUGCCGAAAGUGCACUCCUCAAUUCUCUCCAACUGCCCCUCCCUAUAAGUAGUAGGCGUUGCCACUCAGAUCGCGGAGCCUGUCUCGACUGUCCAUUCUGCCUCUCGACAGUUCUUUGUUCUCACUACAUCAAACUCGAUUCUAUACCAUUAAUAAGCAUGCCUACGCUCAUCACAUCCGAUAACGAGAGUUUCGCAGUCGACAAGGACGUGGCAGAACGGAGCGUCCUGAUAAAAAACAUGCUUGAGGAUGUUGGCGAGAAUGACCAUCCGAUCCCAUUACCAAAUGUUUCAGCCAGCGUCUUGAAAAAGGUUUUGGAGUACUGUGAGCACCACAGAGGGGAGCCGAUCCCAACUGCGGACACAGACAACGAUGAUACACGCAAGCGUACGACCGAUAUUGGGGAGUGGGACCAGAAGUUCAUUGCGGUCGACCAGGAAAUGCUAUUUGAAAUCAUCUUGGCCGCCAACUAUCUUGACAUCAAGCCUUUACUUGAUGUUGGUUGCAAAACAGUCGCCAAUAUGAUCAAAGGAAAAACUCCGGAGGAGAUCCGUAAACUUUUCAACAUCGUUAAUGAUUUCACUCCUGAGGAGGAGGCCCAAAUCAAAAAGGAGAAUGAAUGGGCUGAGGACCGCUGAAACGUUGCUUCUAGUCUUUUCUCUCUGUUUGUUGCUUCGGUUCCUCUCUUUGUCUCUAUAUCUCUUACCCUACGAACUCCCCAUCUUGUGGGUCGAUCAUAACAGAGUUACAUUUUGCAUUGCGACACUGCCGUCCAUGACGCCGGCUGCGUCAUAGGCGCCGGGUCAUGCUAUCGAUUGAACUGAUUUGUGCGAGCUUGAGAUAGUCGCUUUCCCAGCCUUCUGGAGCUUCGGCUUUGCGCUGAGCCUGCGUUCGUGUGCACCGUGUUGCCGUG